UAACGUUGCCGACGAGCUUCUAGAGUUAUCUUUUGGGCAGCGUCGCGUUGACUGCGUCGUAAACGAACGGGAUAUUCGGUGCAAGUUGAGAGUUAAAAGUGUAUAAUUUGAAGAGAAAACGUUUUCCACAUGUUCCGCGAGUAUUUCGGCGACGUCUGAACAGUUCAUAUCCCUUCAGUGUGAGCCAAAUAUGGACACCGGAAUUUACGCGUAAUCCAUCGCCCGCUAUCCGUUCGGAAAUCCUAACCUCAAAAUCUCCACGGCAGGGCAGAGACGCGCGGAUCAGAUAUCCGAAAACCCUCGCUGCUGUUCGACGGAGGCGGUUUAAUCUGCGCCCAAAAAACGCCCCUCGAACAUUUAUUUACUUGACCCUUUCAAAGCUGGCCGUGUUACCGACAUAUGCCGAGGCUGCAUCGGUAACGUAUAAUCAAAGAUAACACUUGAUUCGAGAUGUCUCGAUGAAACGAUGAUCUCCGAGUAAAAUGCGGUCUUUCAUAGUAAGCAGACAACGGUUGUGACAACAUUCGACGCGCCACCUGAUCUCGAACUGCUCAUUUUACACGUGCUCAAUUAUCCCCUCGUCAUUUCUUCUCUCGCACGAUUAUAUCAGAGAUAAAAUAACCCAGAUUUCGUUCGGUUAGUUCCGGUCUACACCUUCUCAGUGUUUUCCACAAGCUGAAACAAGUCCAGAAACGAAUCGUCGCAAUGAGUUCUCAGCAGAGUCCGGCUGCCCUGCAGGCAACCGUCGACGCCGACAAGGUGUACUCGUGGAUAAUCGAGUUGUCUAAUCCCGAGACGCGAGAGAACGCCUUGUUCGAACUGAGCAAGAAGCGUGAAGUUGUUCCCGACCUCGCCCCUAUGCUAUGGCACUCGUUCGGCACGACCGCUGCACUGCUCCAAGAGAUUAUCAACAUAUAUCCUGCCAUCAACCCAGCUACUCUCACCGCCUACCAGAGCAAUAGAGUCUGCAAUGCCCUCGCUCUCCUUCAAUGCGUCGCUAGUCACCCUGAGACGAGGUCUGCUUUUCUGCAGGCUCACGUACCUCUGUUCCUUUAUCCGUUCUUGCACACUACGAGCAAGACGCGACCCUUUGAGUACCUGAGACUAACCAGCCUUGGAGUGAUCGGAGCGCUGGUUAAAACUGACGAGCAAGAAGUAAUCACGUUUCUACUUACCACCGAGAUAAUACCGCUCUGUUUGAGGAUCAUGGAGAGCAGUUCUGAACUGAGUAAAACCGUCGCUACGUUUAUACUUCAGAAAAUACUGCUUGACGAUAGCGGACUUUCGUAUAUAUGUCAGACUUACGACAGAUUCAGCCACGUCGCUAUGAUCCUGGGAAAAAUGGUUCUGUCCUUGGCCAAAGAUCCCUCCGCCAGACUCCUCAAACACGUUGUUAGGUGCUACUUGAGACUAUCGGACAAUCCCAGAGCACUUCUGGCGUUGAGGCAAUGCUUGCCAGAUCAACUCAGAGACAAUACUUUUGCGACCUGCUUACAAGAAGACAAAUCCACUACCCACUGGUUGAAUCAGCUACUUAAGAACCUGGAAACUGGACCUCAGCCAGGGCCUCAGACUCAGCCAGGGCAACCAGAUCCCAGGACGAUCGGCAUGUCUCCCUUGACAUCAUAGACUGAUUAAUAAUUUUCCUAUCGUGAGGUAGAAAUGAUAUUUUAGUAAUGACUGUUGAAUUAAGUGCCACUUGAUAAGGAAAAACAGUGAAGGUAGCAAUAGGGCGAGAAAGUUAUAAACUUAUUUUUCUUAUUUAAUGAAAAUCACAACUUCACACUGCCACGUGAGGGAAAUAUUUUGGCCAAAAAAGAAAAUGGAUCAAUUCUCCGUUUCCAGGAUUUAGCAGGCAACAUUAUUAAAAUUUCAUAAGACAGAAUAGCGAAGAAAAUGAAGAUAGAAAAAAAAGAAGAACAUUCAUUUGUAGCAACAGUGAUUGGUAAUGUAAGAAUACAAAGAAAUGACUGGUAUGAUUAUUGAAUAAUGACUGACACCAUUCUGAAUAUAGUCGUUUAUUACUUCAGUCAUAAUUUUUCUUCUCUUUUCUUUCUUUGAUCAUGCUCCUAAAGUUUUCAAAAAUCGUGUAGCCCCUUCGACAUAUGCCGACGUCACCUAGGAUGCCCGGGUUCAAAACGAUUUCGCUGUAGGUGCGUUCGAACAUGAAAUAUUUGUACAUUAAAUUUAUGUUCUCAUGCUCUUGAGAAACAGCAUGUUAUGAAUAAUUUGAAUGAAUUCAUUGACUGCAUUGAGUUGAGGUAAGCUUUCACACCGCCAAAUAAUUUUGAACAUCGGGAAAUUUGCGUAUCUAGUUUUGAGUUCUGUGAUUGGUAGCAGCGAGGAUUUUUCCUUGCCAUACACCUUCUACCGCGAGGAUAUUAUUUGCAAGGUUUCUUUAUAUUCAUAUUAUUUUAUAUGUCUAUACUAUAUGUAUAAA